CUACGAGGCCACUCCAAGUGCAAAGUGUGCACACAAACAAUAUCUUUCGCCUCUUUUCUUCGUUUUCCAAUGUUCCAUAUAUAUCUCCACUAUAUAUCUCUCACUCUCUAAACUCCUUCAACUUGCAAUUUAAAAAAGAGCAUGCAAUCUUGUUUUUUUGUACCUUGGAAAUAUAAUCAUCACCAGAUAUAUCUAAUCUAUUACUUACUAUAUUAGUAACUCUUAUCUACGUUCUGAUUUUACAGGCAUUUCAAAAUUUUCAUCUGGGUAUUCGGGAUUUUUUACUCUAAUUUAUGCCUACUUGUGAUUGAUGUUGCCAGCAUUUUAUAAGUUGUUUCAGACCAUAUUUUUUCCCCUUAUUCUAGUGCUGCUUCUAUCUGAUAUAUAGUUCAUAUAACUGUCAUUGAAUGCGUAUUAUUGUUUGAAAACUAUAGUGUGUGUUUUAUUUUAUUUUGUCAAUGGGUACUAUAGAUGAUGAACACUAUGAUUUGGAGCUUGAAAAUAGAUUGAAAGUGAGUUAUACUAAACUGAAUGUUGAAGAAGAACCAGAAAUUGAGUGUGCUGUUAGGAUUUUAUUGCAAGGGUUAGGUGAAGAUAUCAAUAGGGAAGGUAUCCAAAAAACUCCCCUUCGCGUCGCAAAAGCUUUACGGCAUGCAACUAAAGGAUAUAAACAGAAUGCAAAAGAUAUUGUAGAAGGUGCUCUAUUUCCAGAAGCGGGUCUAGAAAAUAAUAAAGUUGGUCGUGCUGGGGGAGCAGGGGGUCUUGUCAUUGUUCGUGAUCUUGACUUCUUUUCUUAUUGUGAAUGUUGCUUGCUACCAUUCCAAGUGAAAUGUCAUAUUGGUUAUAUUCCAUCUGGGCAACGAGUUGUUGGUCUUAGUAAGCUUUCUCGUGUUGUUGAUGUUUAUGCUAAGCGUCUCCAGGAUCCAAAACGGCUGGCUGAUGAAGUGUGUUCAGCUUUGCACCAUUCCAUCAAGCCAGCUGGGGUAGCUGUUAUUUUUCAGUGUAUUCACAUGCAUUUUCCCACUUUAGAGUCUAUGUUCCUUGACAAAUCUCCUCAAGGGUGUAUCAAAGUGCUGGUAUCCUCUGGAUCAGGAAUUUUCGAAGAUGAAGAUGCUAUUUAUUGGGGGGAGGUCUUUGGUCUUUUAGGAUUUCGAAGCUCAAUGGCUAACAAAAUCCAAAAGAGGAACACGACCAAACAAUGGUGCUCGUCCCAAGCUUCCCCAAUUAGUAAAAGCAUUAAUCCUAGUAUGGUUAGUGCAGUAACUUCAAUUCUCAGAUCCUUGGGUGAAGAUCCAUCAAGGAAGGAGCUUCUUGGAACUCCUGCACGUUUCUUGAAGUGGCUGAUGUAUUUUCAGAACUGUAAUCUAAAGACUGAGCUAGAUGUAAUUUUAGGUAACUCAUCAAGGGGACCUCAAAAAUCAAAUGGUAACGUGACAGUGAACAAGCGGAUCCAUUCUGAGCUGAGCUUACCAUUUUGGUCACAGUGUGAACAUCACUUGCUUCCGUUUCACGGGGUAGUGCAUAUAGGCUACUUUUCUGCUGGAAUAGAUCACAUUGAAAAGUCCCUCCUUCAGUCGAUUGUACUCUUCUACGGGUUCAAGCUUCAAGUGCAAGAGAGGCUCACUAAACAGAUUGCUGAAACAGUUUCACCUCUUGUUGGUGGAGAUGUAAUAGUCGUAGCAGAGGCUAGCCAUAUGUGCAUGAUCGCUCGGGGUAUUGAAAAGUUUGGAAGCAGUACAGCCACAGUUGCUGUUCUUGGUCAAUUUUCAACUGAUGCAAAGGCUAGGGCCUUGUUUUUGGAAAGCCUUCCAAGCAAUAUCAAUGAUUUUCCUUAAGAAUCUCUUAGAUAUGAUUCCUGUUUCCGACCUUCAGGGUAUCACUUGAUCAUGUUGUCUGAAGCUUCUUUUGGGUCGGAUAACUCUAUUAUCUGGGGCAAGGCAACCUAGACCUCAUUGUCGUAUGUUUUAUAGAUUGCAAUAAGCUUAUUUAUAUGAAUAAGACUGGUUGAUCAAGAAUAUUGGUUCUUUUAUUUGUCUCUUUGUUUCUACUGUAUUUGUAACCAUUAUGGCCUUCAAAAGAGCUUCUUUUGGUUCUUUUUUCUCUCUUUGUAUCUAUCGUAUACUACCUCUGUUUUUAUUUA